AUGGCGACCGCCCGCCUGCUGCGCUCGUGCGUUGAGACCCUCGUGGGCUUUGUGCUCGCGCCAGCCUUCAAAUUGAUUAUGCUUCCAGUAUUCGUUCUCGUAUUCUCGCCGAGUAUUGCGCUCGGCCUCUGCAGCUCCGACGCUGCUGUCGGCGUGCCUCCCGCCUGUCUCGCCUGGCGUCGCCUUCCAUAUCUGAUUCCGAUGAUGCCCUUUGUCGACCUGCCGAUUGCCGCCUUAUUGAUGGCGACAUGGCUGAUCGAGGUUCUGUUCCUCCGGAACCCCCUCAUCCUCGCCGUCUACAGCCUCUGCCGACGCGCCUCACUCCCCAACCGCGAGCCGACGAUCCCCGACGCCGAGGCCGGUCUUCACGCUCGCGAGCGGCCGCGCUCGAACACCAAUGACGCCGCCCGCUAUCGCGAGCACGCCUCCAUCUGGGCUGCCCUCGAGGGCGACGGCGACAAGGUCCGGCCGGGAGAUGUGCGGCUGAUCAGUCUGAACUGGCUCAUGGCGCUGGCAGAGCAGGGCGGCGUGCUCCCGCGGCGGCAGGACCUGCCAGAGGAGGCCUUCUUAAGCUCUGCUCAGCUGAGGCGGAUCGAGCAAGGCGCCAGGCGCGGCUUUGACUCCGUCGGCUUUGAGGAGGCCUUGGCGCGCGUCAACAAGGAGCCCUCCCCCUCAUCCUUUCUCGGCUGGUUCGCGAGCUUUUUCGGCCGCACGCGCAACCCCGACGGGCUGCUUCCGAUCAUCUCCGUCUCCUACUGCUGGCUCGAGGCGGCGCAUCCGGAUCGAGAGGGCCGCCAGCUCCAGCUGCUCUGCCGCAAGCUGCGGGACCUCUAUGGCGGGCGCGGCCUGCUCGGCGCGUGCCGCGAGUACGGCUUCUCGGACAUGGGGGUGUUUCUGGACUGGAGCUCGGGCUACCAGAAGGACCCGGCGCUAUUUGCCGAGCGGCGCGCGUAUGAGGCGAGCCGGUCGGGCGAGCGGAAGGCCGCCUUCGGCCGCAUGCUGGAGAACACGAUGGACCUCUGGUACGCGCACGCCUCGGUCACUGUCGUGCUGCUCACGCAGCUGCCCGACGAGCUGCCCGCCGGUUUUGACCGGAGCCGGACCUACGACACUCGCGGCUGGACGGCAUUCGAGCGGUGCUCGGCAGAGCUGGGCGCAAAGUCCGCCUAUAUGGGCUUUGCCAAGUGGAAGCUCGUCAUCGACGCCGCCAGCGGCGACGGCGGCGCUCAGCGGCGGCUCCCCGCGACUCCGGAGCGCAUGGCGACGCUGCUCGCCGCUUGUCGCUUCACCAACGGCGCGGACUCGGCGACCGUGCUGGCGCUCUACGAAAAGACGGCGAAGGCCGUGCUGGGCACGGUCGAGAAGCUCGACUACACGGGUCUGCCGCUCGUGUGUGGCGAUGCGUGGACUAGCCCGGCGCUGCUGGCGGAGGCGCUAAACCAUUGCGAGAGCCUCCGGACCCUCUACCUAGUUGGGACACGCCUCGACGACGAGGGCGUGGCGGAGCUCGCGGCGGGGCUCGAGGACGGCGCGCUCCCGGCGCUUGAGUACCUCUACCUUCUGGCAAACCGCUUCGGCGCGCGCGGGGGCGUCGGCGCGCUCUGCGGCGUGUUCCAUCGCGGCGUGGCGCCGAUGUUGCAGAUACUCGACGUCGGUCUCACGCCUAUUGGCGACGAGGGAGCCGUGGCGCUAGCUGCAGCGCUGCCGAUGGGCAAGCCGUCGCAUGGACUGACCUUGUGGUGGUGCGAUGUGGGCGACGAGGGCGCGAUGGCACUCGCGGCUGCCCUCCCGGCCGCGGGUCAGAGGUGUCGCGUGCAGGUCAUGUUCAAUCGGAUCGGUCUCGCGGGCCAGGCGGCACUACUGGAGGCGCUCGAGGCGAAGCACGGGCCGCAGAUGGGGAAUGCGCUGGCGGAGUGGGUACGUCUUGUUGCCGACCUCGGCGGUGACGGGAACGUCGUCGUUGAAGCGGGCGAGGCGGCGUCAAACGCGCCGCGCGAGGCGGCGACGGACUCGUGGGCGAGGCUCAGUGUCACGGUCGCCUCGUUCGCCGGCGCCGGGAUCCUCGGUGCGGCUUCUCGGUCGCAGACCUUCUCCAGGUCGGAGCACUGGCGCCAGCCCGAGAAUGACGUCACGCACCAGCUCCUCAGCGCCCGUAGGGAGGCGGCGGUGGAGCUCGGCGAUCGCCUCCACGAUCGGGUCUUCGUCCUCGGCGAACCCCUCGAUCGGGUCUUCGUCCUUGGCGAACUCCUCGAGCACCGCGAGCAGCCCCUCCUCGCGAACGUGCUGCAGAACAAGCUGACGCGGGCUCAGUACCUCGAUGAGGCCCCGGCCCCGGCGCGCAAGAUCCGCCGCCGGCGCAAGAGCGGCGUCGGCAGCCUCAAGUUUGCCGGCGACGCCGACCCGGCUGACCGCGAGGCGUCGCUCACUGAGGAGCUUGAGGCGGCGCACGACGAGAUCCGGCAGCUGCAGUUCAACUUGGCCAAUGCGGAGGAGGACAACCUCACGCUGCUCCGCCUCAACUCCGAGCUCGAGGCGCAGCUCGCCGACGCUGGUAAGCUGGCCGCCGAGCAGCUCGAGCGAAUCCUAGCGCUCGAGGCCGCCGAGAGGAGUGCGACUAGGGCCGAGCUCGCGCGGCAAGGGCGUGCGGCGGCGCUGCACGACUCACUGAUUGACCUCGACGCCGUCGGCAGCGCCGCCGAGCAAGACACCACCGCGCAAGACGCCGCCGCGCAAGACGCCGCCGCGCCGCCACCGCCGCCAGCAGAAGCUCCGCCGCCGCCGCCGCCGGCUGCAGCCGCCGAGGCGCCCGAGGCGCCGCUCGCGACGUACGGUGGCGGCAGCUACGCGUCGGUGGUGACGCGCCUCUCCUCCACCUCGUCGGCGCGCUUCUCGAGCUCCUCGUACGUUUCCGCCGCCUCGCCGUCCCACCGCCUCUCCACCUCCUCCAUCGCGUCGCGCCUCUCCACCUCGUCUGCCGGAGGCGGCGCGCCGCUCGCGCCGGCGCACGCCCUGCUCGCGCUGCCCGAGUGCGUCCACGAGGCGGUGGAUCUCGCCGCCCUGCGGCAGCCAAACGACGCCUCCGCCAGAGCGGAGGGCGAGGAGGAGGAGGCGCCGGCACCGGAACUGGAGCGGGAGGAGGCGCCGUCGCCGCAAGAGCCGCCGCGGUCUGCCGCCGAGGGGGCGCCCGCGCUGCCGGAGGCGGACAGGUCGGAGGCCGUGCCAGCGCCGCGAGGGGAGGACGGGCCGGUGGAGCAAGAGGCGCCACCGGUGCCGGCGCAAGGGGCGGAGGAGGGGGCGGAGGAGGAGCAGGGCGCGGAGGAGGGGGCGGAGGAGGAGGCGCCGAGUGCUCACUCACAGGGCGGGCCGGCCGCCGUGCCGCACGGGGCGGCUGAGGACGCCGCUGAGAUCGCCGCGCCGCCGGAGCCAGAGGCACCGCCGCCGCCCGAGUCUGGCGCGCCUCCUCCGCCUCCUCCGCCUCCUCCGCCUCCUCCGCCUCUUCCCGCGGAGGAGGAGGUGGCGAGGCCGCCUCCGCGGCGGAACGGCCGGCGCAAGUCGGUCACGAACGAGCUCGCCCGCCUCGGCGUGUCAGCGUCGGAGAUCGACGUCGCCGCCGCCGCCGCUGCCGCACCCCGCUCGACACGGCGCAAGCCGCGCGGAGGAGGGGCCGCCAGCGCGGCGCCGCCCGCCGCCGCCGCCGCCGCCACGGCUGCGCCGCCCCCCCCUGCCGCCGCGGGCGGUGCGGCUGCGCCAGUCAUGGCGCAGGCGGAGGCGGAGGCGGCUUGGCCGCCGCCAACCGAGGCCUCCGAGCUGGGCGAGGGGGUGCUGUCCGCGCCGCCGUCGCUCGUGGCCGUGCUGCUCGCUGUGGGGCCCGACGGCCACGUCAGCUGCUCCUUGCUCGGCCGGCAGGCGGCGCAGCAGGGCGAGAUCGCUGCGCUCGAGGCGGCCACGCGGGCGCCCGCCGCACCUCUGCAGGAGAGCGCGCAGCCGUCCGCGCUCGAGGCGGCCCCGCCCCCACAAAUCGUCGUGCCGGACACCGCGCCGCCGCCGCCCGCCGACCCGCCCCCCCCCGCCGACCCGCCGCCCCCCUCCGCCUCGCCGCCCUCCGCCUCGCCGCCCUCGCUCCUUCCGGAGGGCGCAGCCGAGCCAGCGAGUUUGGCGGAGGCGGCGGAGGCGCCAUCCGUGUCGCCUGCUGGCACCGAGGCAGGGCCGGCCGUGGAGCGCGGCUCUGCCGGCCGGCCUCUCCCUGACGUCCAGCCAUUGCCCUCUGCUGUCCCCGCGGCCGACGCGAGCGGCGCGACCGACGUGGCGUCCCUGCUCGACGCGGCUCUCUGCGCGGCACGCGGCGACGCCGGCGGUGCGGUGUGGGAGUGGGCAGGCGAGUUGACCUCUCAGCUCGGCGCCCUCAGCCGCGCCUCCGACGCCGCCGCGGGCGAGGGCACCGCGGGCGAGGGCACCGCGGGCGGCGCGGCGGCGGCGCACGACGGCGCCACGCCCCCGCAGCGCAAGAAGAAGAAGGGCGGGGCGCGGGUGCGCUUCUCGGCGUACGACCUCUCUGCCGUCUCGCCGCCGAAGCUGCAGCGGCCCGGCUCUGAGGCCGCCCUCGCGAACCAUGAGCACGUGGAGCUGGAGAGCGUCGGGAAGGGCCUGCUGCUGUGGGCGCAGUCGCACGCAAUGCUCCUCGCCGUGUUUGGUGACGCGGCGGUGCUGCCGCAAGUCGCCGCCGCGCACGCGAACGCGCAGCAGCACCUCUGCCGCCUCUCCGCCCUCGCCCACCUCGUCGUCGAGCUCGGGAUGAGCGAGGAACACUACUUUGCGCCGCUCGGCGACGUGCCCGCCCUCUCCGCCAAGCUGCACGCGAUGGCGCCACUCGCCGCCGCGGCUCGCGAGCGGCAUGCACCUCUAGAUGCGGAAUACUAG